AUUUUGCAGACAACGUGCACUUAACACAUACUUCUGCAAUUUAACAUUGCGGUGUUCCUAAACGGUCACAUUUUAUGAACGUUUGUGUAAAUGUAAUUACUUUUGCGUUUCACUAUUAACUUUUUGCGCAUGCGUGGUUUCAGUUGAGUAAGAGGCACGAUGGCUGCGGAUAGUGCCUUGCUGCUGUCUCUGGUGGAAGAAUAUGUCUCGGGACUACAGGACAGCAAGGCCAAAGAUACAGCAACAGGUGUCAAAGAUGGACAGUUUACAAUAUUACAGCUAGUGGAAGCAUUGGGACUGAACCUGACCAGCUCUCAGCCUCACACUCGAGCCAGAGGAGUUCAGCUUCUUUCUGAAGUUUUACAGGAGUGCUAUGGAGUUCUUACGGAGAGAGAAGUGGAAGUGCUCAUUGCCUUCUAUGAAAACCGUCUAAAAGACCAUUACGUUGUCACACCGCCUGUUUUACAGGGGCUCAAAGCCCUGACAAAAUGUACAGUGUUGCCUCCUGGCUCAGCGGUAUCCAUGCUGAGGUCGUUGUUCCAGGAUGUUCAUGUUCAGUCUCUGAUGCUUCCAGAGAGAGCUUGUGUCUACAAUAUGCUCAUCAACCUCAUGGAGACCAGAGAAGACGAACUGAAGGGUUUGGGCGCAGACUUUGUGUUUGGUUUUGUCCAGUCAAUGGAUGGAGAGAGGGAUCCCCGCAACCUCCUGUUAGCUUUCCAGGUUGCCAAGAACAUAAUCUACAGAGGUUAUGAUUUAGGUAAAUUCACAGAGGAGCUGUUCGAAGUGACGUCCUGCUAUUUCCCUAUCGACUUCACCCCCCCUCCCAAUGACCCACAUGGCAUCACCAGAGAGGAGCUCGUUCUGACGCUGAGGGACGUCCUCACCGGGACGCCGCAGUUUGCUGAGUUUCUGUUACCUCUCAUCAUCGAAAAGUUGGACUCUGAUGUUCUGAGUGCGAAGCUGGACUCGCUGCAGACUCUGGCUGCUUGUGUGUCACAAUACGAACACAAGGACUUGGCAGAGUUCCUUGAGGGACUGUGGGCGUCGCUGCGCAGAGAGGUGUUUCAGACAUCUAGUGAGAAGAUUGAGUCUGCUGGCCUCGCUGCUCUUACCGCAAUCACUUCCUGUCUGUCACGCUCAGUCCUCAACUCUGACUCUGAAGACUCCCUCUGCAGCUUCCUGGAUCUUGUUCUCAAAGACUGCAAACAUCACCUGUGUGAGCCGGACCUGAAGCUCGUGUGGCCCAGCGCCAAGCUGCUACAGGCCGCCUGCAGCGCCUCCAUCAGGGCGAGCCACAUCAUAACUUCCGCUGUUAUGCCCUCCAUCAUUGAGCAGUACAACAGCAGAACGCAGUGUUCCCACAGACGAACGUUACUGGAGGUGGUGCAGCGAUUCAUCCAAUCAGUUAAAACCCAGCAGUCUUCAGAGAACGAAGAGAGUGUGCUUUUAGCCUUGCGUUCCGCUCUGUGCUGCAUCGUGUUUGCGGCUCUGAUGGAGAGUAAUGCCAGUCUGCAGAUCACAGCCGCGUCUGUGCUCACCUCGCUAGCUCAACACACAGCUCUCCUGUCGGACUCUGAUAUUGAACUGGCUGUAGCUCACCUGACCAAACUGUUGCUGACAGAGGAGGACGACAGAGUCAGUCUUGCUGUGGUGGAGUGUGUCGGAGCCUUAGCAGAGCUGCACCCGGCAGCCUUUAUCACUAAAAUGAUCCCAAGGCUGAAGCAGGAGAUGUUUUCUGAGUCUAUGGAUCAAGACAACAACGGAGAAGCUUCUGAGAAACAUUCCCAUCAUGCAGUGCGCCAGCGGUGUUUGUCAGCUCUGGCUGCGAUGUCCAUCCAACCCAGUGUUGUACAGGAGAGCACACCUGUCCUCAUGGAGGUCCUCAGCUCAGCACACACAGGUAGCGUAGGUUUUUCAGUGGAGGAUGUGGUGUUGGCGUGUCGCAGCCUCCAAAGAAUAGCAGAGCAGGUUCAGGACACUGAGGAGACCGGACGAUGCUUCCAUGACAUCAUCAUCCCGCGCCUGCUGUCUCUGGCUCUGCAGGCAGCACUGCAGGGCGAGGACUCGUCUGGUGUUCGUAGUCCCCUUCUGGAGGAGGUGGUCCUGUCUGCCAUGGUCCCUGUCAUCAGUACUUCCUGCUCCAGGCUGCAGCCCACGUUGGCGGGACAGACGGCAGCACGGGCUGCGUCUCUCUUCCUGGAUGGUGAUGUUUCAUUUUUGCCUGACAACUCCUUCCCUUCACACAUGCAGCUGCUCAAGAGGCAGCAGGGGGACUCGUGGAGCCAGUCCCAGAUGGUUUGUCUGCUCAUGGGAUGUGUGUGUUCAUUACCUCGCAGUGUGGAGGUGCCUCAGAUGGAUCACCUGCUGUCACAGCUGGAGGAGAUGAGCUGCACCUGCAGCCACCCGCUGUCGUACACCUCGGCUGCAAAGUGCUUUGCUGGCCUGAUUAAUAAAAGAGCACAGGGUGAUUCCCUUGACAGCCUCAUCGAGAAGACGAGGAAGAGAGUGUGCAGUGAGUUGGACUCCGCGGCUUCAACCGUACGCACUCAGGCUUUCACCCUCAUGAUCUGGGUUGCCAAGGCUCUGCUUCUCAGAUACCACCCCCUGUCCACAGCUCUGACUGACAAGCUCUUCUCCCUCCUCGAUGACUCUGAACUGGGUCCGAUGGCAGCAGACGGCUUCUCGCUGCUGAUGAGCGACUCUGCAGACGUCCUGAACCGUAGUUGCCAUGCUGAUGUUCGCAUCAUGUACCGCCAGCGCUUCUUCAGCGAGAAUUCAGCCAAGUUGGUCCAAGGCUUCAACGCUGCACCGGAAGAGAAGAAGCCCAACUACCUGAAGGCUCUGUCUAACAUAGUCAACAAACUGCCCAAGCAGGUUCAAGUCACUGAACUACCAGCGCUCUUGUCUCUGCUGCUGGAGGCCUUGUCAUGUCCUGACCGGGGCGUCCAGCUGUCCACCCUGGCCUGCCUGCAGCCCGUCCUCAUGGACCCACCACCGGCACUCAUACAGCAGCUCGAGGCUUUGGUCAGCAGGCUGCUGGCCCUCACCUCUAGUCCAGCCAUGGAUGUGAGGAUUGCCUCAUUGCGGUGCAUUCAUGCUGUUUCCCACUUCCCCACACAUGAGGUGCUGCCGUUCCGGGCCCGAGUGCUGCGAGCUCUGGCCCGACCUCUGGACGACAGGAAGAGGCUGGUGAGGAGCGAGGCGGUUCAGGCGAGAACAGAGUGGUUCCUGUUAGGAAGUCCUGGGGGGAGGUGAUUUUGCUCCUCAGACACAACCCAAGUCUUCCCUAAACUAGGAAGAAUACAGAUGCGGGAAAGUCAAAGUCCAGGACCGGGUACUGAGGAUCUAAGCUGUGCAGUCCACACAACAGCUUCCCUGAGCAGAAAUGCUUCUGUUGUAACUGUCUGUCUCUUCAUGGAGGAACAAAUAAGGAGUGCAUGGACUGACUGUGAAGCUUUAUCCAAGUUAAAAGAGUGAAAAUGAUCAGUUUGUUUAAUAUGUAACACGCACACGUUAUGUUGUCUUUCUCACUAUGUUUUGGAGUAAAUCUACCAUUAGAUUGCGUGGAGGCAUUUUGGUGAUUGUGCAUUUCCAGUCAUGUCUUAAGAGCCCAAACGUUCUUUUAGGUGUCCUUCUCAAAUGUAUUCAAAGGUAUUUUUUAAUAUUUAGUGUAGUUUCUUGAUGAAUAACUAAAUAUUAUCAGCUGACCUGUCAGUUAGUCAACUAAUUAAUCCAAAAAUUGAUACUUUUUUGCAAGGUUUUUGCAAACCUGAUCACAAAGUUAAAUAUAAUUAAGUUCCGUGGCUCUUGGCUCUUGUUGAAUGCACUUUGACUGUAUGUACUUCUUUACAAAGAGAGAAAGCAAACACAGCACAUUCAUUCAGUGCAAAGUCUCUGUCAAGCUCAUUUUCUAUAAAUGAUGAUCCUGAACUGCGCUGGCGACAUUUCCUUUUUUUUUUUUUUUCUUUUUUUUUUGUGUGUAUUUGAAUUAUUCAGAGAAUUUAGGCUGCUGGAAACAUCAAACAUAUCUGAGCAGCACUGAACCCGGCAAGCACUGACAGCCUUUUAUCUUCUCAUGUGAAUGAAUGUUUAACUGAGCAGUAAUGUCAUGCGUUUGAUUUGUGUCACUCUGAUGUGCCAGCUGGGUGGGUUUGUUGAGGCGUGGGAAAAUGUGGACUUACCAGAUGUCCCGGUAAACCUCCACUGACGUGAGGAAUUUUAAGAUUCAUUUCACAUAAUUAAAUAUCUAUGUUGAUCUUAGUGUACAUUGAAUUAUGAUUGUAAGUUAUGAGAACGGUGUCAAACACCUUCCAUGUAUUGUCUCAUUUGAACAACUACUGAUGCUAUAUCAUAGUUGAGUCAUUUGUUGGCUAACUUUGGACCUCACAUCAACUUAUGCCAAGGAAAUAGACAGUAUUUAAAAUGUCUAACUUAAUGUGUCAUUAAAACUUUUCUUUGUAAUUACA